GAGUCCAGGGCGGGGAGCAUCUUUCCUGCUCGCGCGCCUCAUCCCUUCUUCUUCUUCUGUUUCUCAUAUCUCACAUAUCAAUAAUUCAGGCGCGCGCGAGAAAGAGCAGACGGAGCUCCCCCUCCUCCUCCUCCUCCUCCUCCUCCUCUUCUUCCUCCCUCCGCGCGCUAUGAGUCCCGCUGCCUCGUCAGUCGUCCAGGGCCGCUCCGCACCGCGCACCGAGACACCGAGAGCCGCCGACAAGUGACCAAAACCAGGAAGAACAUCCCCCAAAACCUGCGGACUCGACUGGAGAUACGACGGUAGUAACAUUUCCGAGAAAACAACACGAGGAGAGCCGCCUGAAAACACAUCGUCCUGAGGAGUUUGCUGUUUGGCUCGUUUAAAAAAAAGCCAAGAAAACGGAGUGCGCUCUAGUUGUAAAACGAGCCUUUUUACCGAUAUUCGGGGGAAAACACCGGGAAACUCUUCCUGCUUUACUCUACUUUUUAUUACUUUUGACACAAAACAAAAGGGGGAACAGACCCGCGGUUUGAGGUGCGAACAAGUUCACCGCUCCGGUCUCCGGCAUGUUGGCGUUUUGCCUGCUGAGCGCCGUGUGGCUCGCGGCGAGUCCGGCCCGCGCUCAGAACGAGACGGAACCGAUCGUCCUGGAGGGGAAGUGCCUGGUGGUGUGCGACUCCAACCCGACCUCGGACCCCACAGGCACGGCGCUCGGGAUCUCGGUGCGCUCCGGCAGCGCAAAGGUGGCGUUCUCCGCAGUCCGGAACACCAACCACGAGCCCUCGGAGAUGAGCAACCGGACUAUGGUCAUCUACUUCGACCGGGUUCUAGUAAAUGUUGGCAGGAAUUUUGACGAGGAGAGGAGUAAUUUCAUCGCACCACGCAAAGGGAUUUACAGUUUUAACUUCCACGUAGUCAAAGUCUACAACCGCCAAACUAUACAGGUGAGCCUGAUGCACAACGGCUGGCCGGUGAUUUCAGCAUUUGCCGGCGACCAGGACGUGACGCGCGAGGCGGCCAGCAACGGUGUUCUGAUCCAGAUGGAGAAGGGAGACCGGGCCUACCUCAAACUGGAGAGAGGAAACCUAAUGGGAGGAUGGAAAUACUCCACCUUCUCUGGCUUCCUGGUGUUCCCCAUGUAGAGAGGAAGAGGAGGAGGAGGAGCAGGGGGGUGGAGACAAAGGAGGAGGAGCUGGUGGAAGGUGGAAAGUCUAACGGAGGCGAGGGAGGAGGAAGAAAAAAAGGACACGAAUACGAAGAAAGAGGAACCGAGACAACAGACUUCUGUUUGGGACGCUGCAGAGGGAGGAAAGAUGAGGAAGGAUGAGAGAUGUUAGAGAGAUGUGAGAGCGUGAUGAUUGAGCAGGAGUAAAAUGAAAGAGGAGUUAUGGAGCCACAGCUUCUCCACUUCCUUUCAUCCAUCCUUUCAUGCAUCCUUUUCCUCCCUCUGUUUUCUCCGUGGCUUGACUGCAGCUUUGGACAGCCAAAACUUUUUUAUUCUCUGCUGAAAGACGCAAUUGAUCAUUUAUAUGUUCCAGAGUGUUCUAAAGCCCAAGUGUAACCCUCCCUCCCUUCCUUCCACGCUCAUUCAUCCAAUCAUUAAUUCAUCCAUCACCACCAACAUAAGCUUUGAAGAAUGUUUCUUGAGGAACUGCUCCCCACAUCCUCCGUUUACUGUGGCCAUAUUGGUAGUCAUUUUUUUCUUUUCUUAUGUUGGACACAAAUUGCACUGAUUUUGGAUCAGCUUCUACCCCAAAGCCAAACUAGAAUUUUUAUAGGGGGAAACGCGACUCUGAUCACAAAAUCAGGAGCUGAGGACACUUUUACCUUCUCCCGUAAGGCUGUGUUUUAUAUUUGUCAUUACAGUUAUCGGCUUUUUAUGAUAUCUUUACGUUUUGUUCUUGAAACGCACAUCUGCCUCUUCCCCCUCCCAUCCGCUCCUCCUGCUGUCUGUUUCCUUGCACAAAGCCCCGCACAAACCAGGAUUUUUAAUGGUUAUUUGCAUUUUGUGGUGCAUAAACGUGACUCUUUUCGUACACAACGCAGGCGGCAGUUAUACUUCUGUGCAAAAUGUAAUUGGGAAAUCAAAUUAGAUCACAGGAGACAGAUUUGCUGUCUGGCUUCCAUCUGGAAACUAUAAAAUAUUGAGUAAAUACGCUGCUGGCUAAUGAAUUGUAUCAGAAGGCACUGUACAUAAAGUGAGCUGGAAUCCUUUUUUUAGGUUUCCAUUGCGCGACAGUGCAGAUAAUAGCAGGAAUUCCACAUAAACAGUUAUUUGUAAAUGUAGUAAACCUUAUCCAGUGGUUCUGAAACUUAACACUGGCACUGAUGCAAGUCACACAGUCAGUGGGUUUAACAUUUUCUCUGGCUGCUGUGCAAACAUUUGAAUCAAGCUCUAUUCUUUGUAGCGGUCUUUCACCUCCGUCAGUCUGCUUCUCCCUCGUCCUUUGUCGGUGCUCUCCCCAUCGCUGCCUCUGUUUUUCAGAUACUCUGUCCUCCCUUUUACUCUUUUCAACUAUGCUGUUUACCCAAAAGUGCAGAUUUCUCUCUCUCUUCCUUUUGUAUACCUCCAUCAUCCCCUCAGUCACCUGAGCCCUCUUCCUCCUGUCCUGAUCCGUCAUCCAUCCAUCUUCCCGUCCUCCCUCAUGUCUGUACUUUAUCUGCUGCUGUACUUGUUUGCCUCCCAGCACGGAUCCUUCCUUGCUUUUCUUCAAUGUUGGACUGUGGACACUGAAACAAUUUACAACCAUGAACUUUAAUUAACAUGAUAUAUAUAUAUAUAUAUAUAUAUAUAUAUGUAUAUAUAUAUAUAUAUAUAUAUAUAUAUAUAUAUGAUUUACACAGUAUAUAUACAAAUGGAUCUAUAAAUAUAUCGAAACCUAAGCCACUGUUUCUAUUCUCCUGGUAUGAUGAUAAUAAUGGUAAUACUAAUACUGAAAACUGAAUCUGGUUGAUGACUAUAAUAUCUGUAUUUCCGUACUUCAGUGUUAUAUAAAAGAAAAAAAUAUUCUAAAAGAAACUUACUAGUGAUUGUGUGGAAAUCUGAGGCUGCCAUUCUGCUCUUCUGAUUAAAGACAUGCUUCUUGUUUUUGUUUUGGGUCAAACCAAGUUGUGGCUAAAAAGCUGAGACUACUACUUAUAUAUAUAUAUAAAAAAAACCUAUAGCUAAAAAGGACUUUUAUUAUUAUUAUUAGGAUUAUUUUGACUGUAAAAUACAUGUGAAUACUUAGACUAUGACAAUAUUCUUUGGUUUAUCAAUCAAUCAAAUCAAUUUAUCUACUGUUUUCUUAUUUAUUUGCUCUGAAGAAAUCAAUAAAAUUAAAUGGUACUUUUAUUUUUCUUAAACCUA